CGGGGGCGGGGUCUAAUCAAAACCAUUGUCUGUGCCCAAUUUUCACCUCUGUCUCCCAGCAGCACUACCCCCAUUCGUCAGUUGGUACAGCCCUCAUUAUCCUAACAAUAUAUCACGACCAGCCUCCCUGUCGUCCGUCGACAGUCGACGUUUGACUUGGUUGGAGGCCUGCAGGCUCCGGGCUAUCGACGCGCCGCUACUUCGGUCAGAAUAAUCUCCCUCCACGGACUUUUAUUAUUACCAUGGACGCACGGAUGCUGGUGGUGGUACCGCUGGUCCUGGCCGCCGUGCCGCUGUGCUGGGGGAUGGGGACGCCGUACGGCUACAGUUACAUGUACGUGUCGGACCAGCCGCGGAAGUGCGUGCAGAUCCCGCCGACGCUGGUGCUGUGCGACCAGCUGGCCUACAACGAGAUGCGGCUGCCGAACCUGCUCGGGCACGAGAAUCUAGACGAGGUACAGGAGCAGGCGAGGUCCUGGGUCCCCCUCCUAGCUCAGAGGUGCCAUCCGGACACCAAACUCUUCCUCUGUUCGUUGUUUACACCCGUGUGUUUGGAGCAGGACAUCUUCCCGUGCCGCUCCCUGUGCGAGGGCGUGCGGGACUCCUGCGCCCCCGUCAUGGCCCAGCACGGAUUCCCCUGGCCGAAGAUGCUCAAGUGCGACAAGUAUCCUCCCGACAACGACAUGUGCAUCAAGUCUCAAACCACACCAGGUCCGUAUGAUCCCAGGCGACCCAAGCCUGCUCAACACCCCGGUUCUUGUAUCGUGUGUUUGGAGGAGGGAGACGACAGAGACUCAGACUUCUGUUCCAGCGAUGUUGUUUUACGAGUCCGUGUUGAAGAAAAACACUUCGACGACGGCGACCUGGUCUUCACCACUAAGAAGAAGGUGCGAGUGUUCCACGCGUCCGAGGCGUUGGGCGGCGGCCGCAGACGCCUGAACAUCCCGGUAGCGGACAUGGAGUUCCGAGUCAUAGGAGGCGAAAAGUGCGCGUGUAGCGCCCUGGCCAGGAGAAAGCCCGGCCAGCUACUCCUCUCAGCUAGGAGGGACGGCUCCAAAUUCUUCGUCACGUCAGUACGGAAGUGGCAGAAGGGCGACAAGGCGUUCAAAAAACUCCUGCGGUCCAUGCGAGACAUGAAUUGCUGAGGAAUAGAUCUAGAGAAGCAGCUAUCAAACAUUUGUUCAAGCUGUGCCAAUGUUCUUCUUUUUUUAAAAGAAAGAUACGUCGUUGUGCGUUCUUAUGUCAAGUCGCUGGUUUUAUAUAUGGCCUCACGUGAGAACUUUUCCGAGAGGGAUAAUAAUAAAAGAUGGAAUUGUUAUGACUAUUAAUAUUGAGGACGGUUUGGUGGUUAGUGUUUGAAGAUGUUUUCUCUGCGUUACCAAACAUUAUUUUACCGUUUUUGCAUACAUUAUUUUAAAUCUCAGAACUGUCUCUUGAGUCAUUUCUGACAGGAAUUGUUUCACAGAAAAACGUCGAACUGACAUUCGUGUAAAGAAAGACUACUUGUUGUACAAGAACGCAGAGGGUACAUCCCAGGUGUUUUAUGUUGUAUAGUGUACAGAUUGUAGAGCUCGCAUAGUUUAUUUUUUCUUCGCAACCGAUCUUUCUCUACAUAACCUAGCGUUGGGCAUGAAGGAAAAUUUUUAUGGUCGUCUGCCAAAGCUUGUAGACAAAACAGAAGAGGCACCCUUGGUUUAACAUUACAAAUAUUGAAAUUAUAUGAUCAGUGGUUUGUGGAAAAUUAGAUCAUCAAUAUCUCAACUCAACUCAUAUGAUGAUUGUAACAGUGCGGUCACAUUCGCCGUAGGUCGUCGUACGAUUUUGAAGCAGUAGAAUAUUUUUCACGGCAGGCUGAGACAGAAUCAACCUGCCGACAACCAUCUACGACAGCUGUAGAAACUAACAGGACGGAAGCAAUUACGACUAAGAAUGUCGUACGACAAUCGCACGAUGUGAUGUGACCGGGCCCUAAGUUGAGUGUUGCUUUUGACAUGAUGUACGAUCAGUGAGAGUUAGUUGUGUAGUUCCAGACAGGUGCCGUCGAUCUAUGUCAUCUCCCGUGACACCAUAGUCACUCCUUCGUCGUGCCAGCAGUCCAAAAGGUGCCAUCUAUGGUCCUACCCCCGUAUACACAUUGUCAGCUAUGUUGGCGUGAAGGAUGUAAUAUGGCUAAUGUACAGAUCCCAGACCGACUACGUGCCCUGUCCGACAGUGACAUCUGCCGGGGCCCGGAGGCGGGGGAACAGGUAAUCCUUUUGAUCCGAACGGUACCGUAAAUAGGACAAACCGUCGGCCAAACGUUUAUUUGCGUUCUGAAAUGCAGUCGUUCAGGGGUGAAUUUCUCGCAUUCCUGCAUAGUUUAGAGAAACAAAGUGUUCUCAAUAUAUCCUUGUGACCCCUGACCUCCAAUCCACCUUGAUGCAAACGAUACUGUCGGGGGAGUACCGCCUGACGACCAAGGCAGACGAGACAGCAUAUGGGAUAGAUUAGGGGAAAUUAAGCACGUAUUUCACCGUGUACCGUACCGUUACCAUUUGACCCGCCUUGGCACUGGGAAGCCGACAUAAAAUGCAUGACCGAUUCCGCUCUUCCGAGGGUUUGCACUGUCAAAUAUGAUAACAUGCCCCAUCCUUCAUUUGUGAAAUGUUUGAGAAUUCAGCUACUCGGCUAUCGUCUGCCAGCCGAACUUUGCUAUGGGUGUUUCUACCAAUGUAAAUAAAGGGGCAAGGACACACAUAGCUGAUGAAAGUAAAAAAGAAACAUUCAAAAUUUGUUUUUAUUGUAUGCCAGCUUUCCGCAAAAUGGCCAGAUAUUCUCAUGUUAUGUCCAUUCGCUUUGUAUGAACAAAUGUAUUUUCUAGUAUAGUGGAAUUUAUGUGAAGCUAAGUUAUACCAAUGUUGUUGUUACUUUCUAUAUCUUAAUCAAUGUGAGAACUUUCUAUAGAAUGCUAACUUUGAUUCUAUUUCAUGAGAAAAGUUCCGUGCGUUUGUAUAGGAUAGCAGGUGUAGUGAGAACGAGGGAGACCGUAUAUAGGUUGUACAGUGUAGGGCGUUUGUAGGAAAAGAAGCGAACUGUGGAGAUUCUGUAACAAAAAAAAUGCAAUUAUGCAAUGUUUCCUGAUAUGUUUGUUGGACCACAAAUUAAAUAAAUGCUUUAUGUAGUAA